UGUUACCUACUACUCACUUCCCUCCUUCCAUCCUAUCCGGGCCCCCAAUAUCGACCCGUCACCAUCUCCGGUCCUGGCUAAGUGGCUAGGGCACAGAGUCGAUUUUCGUUCAGUCACCGUCACCGUAUCUGUAGAUUUCACGGCAUCUAAACAUAGACUGUAUCCAUAAUCCAUCUGUACGUGUCUGUCUCUGUGAAAACGCAGUCACGAAACCCUAGCCCUAGCUAUAACUCCGAACGAUUCGGUCGCUAGCACAGGGUGGAAUCCUAAUGCGCGAAUUGGUUCGAUCUUUUGUGCUGGGUUCAGUUGUUAGGGUUGACGACAAUGGAGGUGCUGAAGGAGAAGAACCGAUUGCAACUGGCCGUUCGCGAUGGCUCCAAGCCGUCGUCGUAUCAGGACCUGUUGCUGUCCCAGAAGGAGCUCGUUCACAGCCAGAUCGAUCAGCUCCAGAACUUGGUCCUAAUGCAGUGCAAUCUCACCGGCGUCAACCCCCUCUCCCAAGAGAUGGCAGCAGGGGCUUUGUCAAUUAAAAUUGGCAAAAGACCUAGAGAUUUGUUGAACCCGAAAGCUGUGAAGUAUAUGCAGUCAGUUUUCUCAAUUAAAGAUGCAAUCACCAAGAAGGAAUCUCGUGAAAUCAGUGCUCUUUUUGGUGUUACAGUUACACAGGUUCGAGAUUUUUUUACCAGUCAACGUUCAAGAGUUAGAAGAUUGGUUAGGUUGUCAAGGGACAAGGCACUGAGAUCUAAUACGGCUACGGAGGAGCACGAUUGGGACCCAAUGAACACUGAUCCCUCAAUGCCUAUUUAUCCUGUUCCCUUGAUGGUGCAAGAUGCAGCCCCAAUUAAUGCUGAUCCAACAAUUCCAACUCAUCCAGUUCCCUUAAAGGUGCAAGAUGGUGUCCCCAUGAACACUGAACCCACAAUACCAACUUUUGUAGUUUCCUCAAAGGUGCAAGAUGGUGUCCCAAUGAACACUGAAUCCACAAUGCCAACUUUUCCAGUUCCCUUAAAGGCGCAAGAUGGGGUCCCAUUGAACACCAAUCCCUCAUUGCCAAUUUAUCCAGUUCCCUUAAGCACUGUGGGGCCUGUUAGCAGUGAAGAAGGACCUUCUUGCUCCACACAGGAGGAAACUAUACCUGGUUUAGAUGAUGCUGGUAGACAUUUUGUGGAUAAUAUUUUUAGUUUGAUGCGGAAGGAAGAAACAUUUUCUGGGCAGGUGAAAUUGAUGGAGUGGAUCUUGCAGAUUCAGAAUUCUUCCGUACUUUGUUGGUUCCUAACUAAAGGUGGUGUUAUGAUUUUAGCGACAUGGUUGAGUCAAGCAGCCAGUGAAGAACAAACAAGUGUUCUCGAUGUCAUUCUUAAGGUUCUUUCCCACCUUCCUCUACACAAAGCUCUCCCUGUACAUAUGUCGGCUGUACUUCAAAGCGUAAACAGUUUGCGGUUUUAUAGGACAUCAGACAUUUCAAACAGGGCAAGGUACCUGCUAUCUAGAUGGAGCAAAAUAUUUGCAAGAAGUCAAGCUAUGAAGAAGCCAAAUGCUGUAAAAUCCUCAACUGAUGCACAGGAUGAGAUGCUGUUGAAGCAGAGCAUUAGUGAAAUUAUGGGUGCUGAAUCAUGGGAGUCCAAAAUUGAUGUGCCUGAAGAUCCUCUUGCUCCCUCAUUUGAAGGGUCAGAAAACUUCAGGAAAUUUGAAUCUCCGCAGCAACUGAAACUGCUCCCAGCACCAGCUGAUGAUUCUAGUAAGAAGCUUAUCAGAGGUGUAUCUUCAUCCCAAACUAGAGAGCGGAGAAAAGUUCUUCUGGUGGAACAACCUGGCCAAAAAUCGGCUGGAAGAAGCCUGCCAGUUGUGAGAUCGUUAACUGCCAGUCAAGGGCGCCCACUAUCGGCAGAUGAUAUCCAAAAAGCAAAAAUGCGUGCUCAGUUCAUGCAAACCAAAUAUGGAAAGUCUGGUGCCUCUUCUAGUGAAGGGCACCAAGUAAAGACUGAAAGUCCAAUCAAAUUUUCCUCUUCUCCGGCCAGAACUUUGCCUUCCAAAGCUCAUGUUCGGCCUCAAGUUGAAGAACAUAAGGAGCCUGUGGUGCUUCCCCAGCAAGGUUCUAUUCAGCAGGAAACUCCUAGUGGUAAUAAGAAGAAUUUAGACUUGUUUGAACCUUUGUGGAAGAAGUGCAAGAGGGUCCAGAUCCGAUGGCAGACACCAGCAGAAGUAAGAAUCCAUGAUGCUUGGAGUGUUGGCACAGGAGAGAACAGCAAAGAUGUUGAAGUUCAGAAAAACAGAAUACGUAGGGAAAAGGAAAUCAUUUACCGGACGUCUCAGGAGAUUCCUUCGGAUCCUAAGGAACCUUGGGACCGCGAAAUGGAAUAUGAUGACAGUUUAACCCCUGAAAUACCAACUGAGCAGCUACCAGACAGUGAUGGUGUGGAAACAGUGGUUUCCCCUCGGGAACAAGAAAUCAGUAAUAAUGGAGUUUCUGCGGCCCCUGAUUCAACUCAGAACGGUACCCGUAACAUGGCGGAACCGGACCUUGAGUUGCUUGCUGUGUUGCUGAAAAACCCUGAGUUGGUAUUUGCAUUGACAUCCGGUCAAGAUGUAGGGAGCUUGUCAAGUCAGGAAACUGUGAAGCUUCUUGAUAUUAUUAAGGCAAAUGGGGUUGCUGCCUCACUCGGUAGUUUAAGUGAUGGGUUAGGAGGCAGCGGCAGAAAUAAUGCUGAGGCGAAUGUUCCAGUUUCUCUUCCUUCCCCAACUCCUUCCAGCGAUCCUGUAACGAGUGGAUGGAGACCAACGGAUGUCAGUAGAAAUCCCUUUUCACGGCAAAGUGCAACAGCCAACAGAGAAACUACUGCUGUUUCCAUUCCUUCACAGGAAAAUCUUCCCAUCAACAUGAUGGCCCAACAACCAGUAAUGCCUCAGUUUUCAAUGCCCCAGACAGCCGCGUUUUUGCCGGAAAACCGGCUGCAGCCGCCUGAUUUUUCCCGGUUGCAUCAGACUGCUGCCACCAGUUCUCCAAUAAAUAUAAAUACGGAAAAUAUAAUUCCCCACCGCAGCUCACCAUUGCCGCCCAAUUUGGCGGCGGCGAUGUGGGCUGACACCAACUCUGUCUAUGUCAAGCCAGCACCAAUCUCAAUCACGAUUAAUGGACCAGGGAGAGAGCACCCAUCCGUUGCAUUUCCUUCCGGCCCCUUGCCGCCGCCACAGCGUACCGCCACUGUACCCGAGUCUCUUCCUCUGCCUCCAACAAAUUCUUGGAGAGUUAAUCAGGACAAUUACUAUAAUCCAUAUAUUGGAGAUUCUCAUCCAAGAAAUCAAUUUGUGGGUGGUGGGUCUGAGUUCGAGUGGGAUAGCCCAACUAGAUCAUCAACCGAGUACGUAAUGCCUGGACGGAACUAUCCGGAGCCCAGAACAAACAUGGGUACGGGUGGUCACGAUUAUAGGUAUGAGCCUGACCACCACAACCACCGGUCAAGACCACCACCGCGUAAUAAUUCGUCUGGGCACCGGGAUUAUUACGAUAGGCAUGGAAAUAGAAGGUGGCGUGACGACCGGAGGAGAUAGGGAAAAAAAAGUGUCCAAAGCUUUUUGUUGGGUAGGCUGAGACUCAACAGAUCGAUGUUUGAUUAAUAUUCACAAUUUUUUUGUCAGGAAACAUGAAAUCUAGUGAAACAAUUUUUGAUGA